CCUUUAGUCGUAUUCAACCUAUUCCGACAAAAUGUCAGCCUCCAUGAGAACGUGUAUUGUGAGACGACCUACUGUAAUUAAACAGUAUUUUGGUAUCACAAGUUGUCAGAAUGUAUUGACUGGCGGGGCGUUUCAAAGAAAAAGUAUAUUUACUCACGCUGCACGUGAUAACCUGAAAAAGAUUCCCAUAUACCAGUGUGGCUCUCAUUGGCAACAAACAAAAGGAUUUCACAACAGUUCCGCUCUAUGGACUGUAGAAGAAACAGCAAACACAGAAUCAGUGGAAGAUGAUUUUCAUACUAUCAUCAAAAAUACAGAAAGAUCUAAAGGUCCCUCAGACAAACUUGAGUUCCAGGCAGAGACUAGGAAACUGUUGGACAUUGUUGCGAGAUCACUGUACAGUGAAAAAGAGGUGUUUAUUAGAGAGUUGAUAUCCAACUCUAGUGAUGCUCUUGAAAAACUUCGUUACAAGCAAAUGGCUGAUGGUGACAUAGAGGACAGUGACCUCCCCUUGGAAAUUGACAUUGCUGGUGAUGAGACAAAGAAAACAAUCACUAUUCAGGAUACUGGUAUUGGUAUGACACGAGAAGAAAUGGUAAAAAAUCUGGGAACAAUUGCUCAUUCUGGAUCUAAGGCCUUCUUAGACUCAAUGAAGGACAGUUCUGAUGCUAGCAAGAAUAUCAUUGGCCAGUUUGGUGUGGGUUUUUACUCGUCAUUCAUGGUAGGAAAUAAGGUUGAUGUUUACAGUAAAUCAUGCAUACCAGGGUCCCAGGCUUACAAAUGGUCCUCUGAUGGUGGUUCUCUCUCUUCUAUAAGCUACAUAAUCGCUGAGUGUGUUCAUACUCGGGUACGCGUGAAAAAGAAAGUGGACGCUGCAGUGGUAGUGCAUGCAGCACUCUUCACAUCAUUCACCAGCUCCUCUCGCAAUGUAAUAACAAAAUACAGUAACUUUGUUGGAGUUGAUAUCUACCUUAAUGGCAAGAAAGUUAAUGUUGUACAGGCUCUAUGGACGCUGGAACCAAGGGACGUAACUGAAGAAAUGCAUGAAGAGUUCUACAGACUGAUCGCCAACACGUACGACAUACCUAGAUACAGUCUACACUACAAGACUGAUGCCCCGCUCAAUAUAAGAGCCAUUUUCUACGUACCUAAAUACAAACCAUCAUUGUUUGACAUGAGUCGUGAGACAGAAGUUAGUCUACAGCUGUACAGUAGGAAAGUUAUGAUCAUGUCCAAGUCCAACACAAUUCUUCCAAAAUGGCUCAGAUUUAUGAAAGGAGUUGUUGACAGUGAAGACAUUCCACUCAAUUUAAGCAGAGAGUUGUUACAAGACAGUGGAUUGAUCAAGAAACUGAACAGUGUGCUAACAAAUCGUCUCAUCAAGUUUUUCCAAGACCAGGCAAAGAAAGAUCCGGUCAAAUAUGCUGAAUUUUAUGAGGACUAUGGUUUAUUUUUCCGAGAGGGGAUCGUGACCUCCCCAGAGCAAGAUACUAGGGAGAAUAUUGCGAAACUUCUGAGAUUCGAGUCUUCAAAACUUCCUGCAGGGGAGAAAACCAGUAUUGAAGAUUAUUGCAGUCGAAUGAAGGCGGGAAAAAGAAACAUUUUCUACUUGUCAGCACCCAGUCGUGAGAUUGCAGAGGGAUCACCAUAUUUGGAAGCUCUAGCUAAGAAAGAUGCAGAAGUUCUAUUCCUGUAUGAGCCGUAUGAUGAACUGGUACUGAUGAAUCUCCAACAAUUUGAUAAGAAAACUCUGAAAUCUAUAGAAAAUGAAAUAGUAGAAGACAAAGAAGAUAACACUAAUACUGUUGAUGAGAAAGAUGAGAAAAGUUUAAAACAAGAUGAAGCUGAAACAUUGAUGAAUUGGUUAAAAACAACACUGACGAACAGGGUACAAGAUGUAAAGAUUACGAAAAGAUUGUCCAGUCACCCAUGUGUAAUAACUGUGAAGGAAAUGGGCGCUGCGAGACAUUUUCUACGUACAUCAAUAGCUGACCAAUCACCUGAAGAAAGAUUUAGAAUUCUUCAACCUACACUUGAGAUUAACCCUAGUCACACUCUGAUUAAACAGCUAAACAAAUUACAAUCAUCAGACCCCUACCUGGCCAAACUUCUAGCCGAACAGUUGUACGACAAUGCCAUGGUAACGGCAGGGCUACUGGAUGAUCCACGAUCAAUGGUGUCACGGUUGAACCAGCUUCUAGAGAAAGCUCUCGAUAAAGUUUGAAAAUCGCGUUCAAGUUUGAAAAUCGCCUCUGUGCAUACAAAUGUAGAUACAGUGUACAAACAGAGACAUAGUGUAGAUGUGUGUGAAAAAAUAUAUUUGAUUCAAAACAGUGAUUCCAAACUCGAAAAUGAAUUCAAGGGACACAUGCCCCUGUACAAACAUUUGUAGUAUAAUAAGCAAUAUCGCAAAGAUCUUUGGUUUUUCAAUAAGCUAAUUUUGUUAAGAAAGUUGUAAUUCCUACAAAGUAGCUAGCUUUCACACUGGAGAGGUUAAAAUGUAUCAUGCUACAUAGGUAUAUUUUAUUUUAUUAAUUGAAUAUUUUCUGCAUUUAAUGUCACAAGUUUAAUGCAUUAUUUGUAACACAUCUAAUGUCAAGAAUUUAAAUAUACCUUACUAUAAUUAUAUAAUGUCAAGAAUUUGAUAAACUUUACUGUAGUAUAAUGUUAAGACUUUGAUAUACUUUAUAUAAUGUCAAGGAUUUGAUAUACUAAGUUCUGGAAUAUAAUGUCAAGAAUAAAAUUCACUUUAAUGCAAAUAUUUGAAUUACAUUUGAG